AAUCCUGCCUCACCUGACAGGCAGAAAACAGUGAGGCCGCUGCAGAUGAGAGAGAACCAUGCAAGUCUGUCCAAGCGACAACACAGACAGGCACACACGUCCCCACACAACCACGAGUGACGGGAAGACGCCCAUGUGGUGCAUAAACCCAGGCAGUGCAUCAAGAGAGAGGCUUGCAGUCCGCGGGUAGGAGCGUUGGUCAGUCGCGGGAAGGUCGCGUGGUGGAGAGGAGAGCCAGUCACCAGUCUGCUUUGCCAGCUAGUGCACCGACAGGUGACAACUUCUCUCCUACAGUAACUCCCUCAGCUAUCUCAGUCCAUGCCACACCCGUACCAGCGUCCGACACAAACUAAUAUGCUCGCAGCAGCAGACAACAGACAGCAGGCCGGCACGAUGAACGAGGCGGGGAAAAGUAAUGGGCAAUGGGAGUGAGAGGAUAGUGAAGGAUGAGAAGACAGGAGAGCAGGAGAGGUCCGAAGGAAGGCUUUCGACGAUUCAUCAAAGAUUUAACGUCACCAAGACUGUUGUUGUACAAAAUUUUUUACUUUUUAAACCUCGCGGCAAUAGUGAUCUUAUGGCCGCAGUUCACGGUGCACCAGGCGGCGCUCGGCCUCAGCAUCGCCCACACCGGGAUAUUCAGUACCGUUGAGUCAUCUUUUAACAUCUUCACCCCUUUCCUCGGAGGCUUCGUGGCCGACAAAAUAGGAAAUUAUAAGAUAAUACUCAUCUUGUCAUCCGUGCUGACGUCAGUGCUAGCCUUCCUCCACACACUGGUGCCCAGUGCCACGGUGUCUCUCGCUGCCAACACCACUGACAUCGCUAACAUCACCGACCCGCUCAGCACCACCACCGCCGCUCCUGCCAACGCUACAUCUUCACCCAAACUUGAAGUAGAUCCUGAACUGCUCACUAUCACUUUCUGGACUUAUCUGGCUAUACGCGUAUCCCACGGGGUGCUAAAUACGGUAUCCUUCACACUUUUCGAUGCCGCUGUCAUGGCAGAAGUACAGGAGAAAGGAACAGACUACGGGUUCCAGAGAGCGUGGGGAACCUUGGCAGCGGCCGUGGCAUCCUUCCUCAGUGGUUACCUUGUGCAGGCGACUGGAGGAUACAGCAUGAUCUUCUACGUGUCGGCGGCGCUACAGUUGCUCUCCGCUGGUCUGAUGUUAUUCCUCAGCCUGGACUUCAAGCCGCCCGCCACCGCCCUCACGCGCCUCAUCCUCCGGCUCUUCGCCAAUGCCGAGGUCAUUAUGUUCUUCAUCGCCAUUCUCGCCGCGGGAGUGUUCUUCGGGUUCCUGGAAACCUUCAUGUACCGGUACAUCUUUAGCCUGGGCGGCGAUAACCGACUGUUGGGACUCACCGUGACAGUGGGGACGCCCUUCGAGUUCAUUCUGAACCUCCUGGCUUCCUUCCUGGUGCCUUAUACUGGCCACGCCUCCAUCAUUAUGUUUGGCCUUCUGGGACACGCCAUCAGACUGUUAGGGUUCAGCUACUUGGAGAACCCUUGGUGGGUGCUGGGGCUGGAGGUCCUCGAGUCAAUAAGCAACGGCCUGAUAUCCACCGUGGGCAUCAUGUACUGCACCGUUCUCUUCUCCCUGGAGUCCAUCGCUUCCUUCAGAGGGAUCUUCGUCGUUGUAUACUACGGCGUGGGAAGAUCCAUAGGUGCUGCCAGCGGUUCGUGGCUCCAGGAUGCUUUUGGUGAACGGGAAUCAUACAGAAUACUCGCGUGGGUGGCCUUCGCCUCCAGCUUCCUCUACGCCGCCAGUUUCUACAGUCUCAAGAGAUGGAGGACGUGGCGACGGGAGGCAAAAACUCCAGACGUUGUGGUACACGACAACAAGGUGUCAACAAUAUCACAUUCAGACCUGCAAAGAAAGAAUAGCGGUAUUGAUAAUCCUUCAUGGGUGCCGGAAGAGUAGAAACUGAAGGAGGAUAUGAAGGAAGAAGAGGCAAUUAAGAAGCAAAAUGUAGGUAAUGAAGGAGGUGGUACAGGAGGAGAUGAAGGUGAAGAAUAGUAGUGUUGAAGACAGUGGACAUGAAAAAGGUGGUGAAGAUGGAGGUAAUGAAGGAGGGCUUACCAAGAAUAUUUACAGGCUGAGAUGUGGUUAUGAUUAUGGAGAAUUGUAGUGAUUAGUGAAUGAAAUGUGAAGUGCGGAUGACGUGAGGUAAGAGAGCAAAGGGAGUGGAAUCAAAGAUGUAAAUACAGUGGAGAUGAUGUUGGAGAGUUACAGUACUUUAUAAUUAACAGUGGAAAGGCAUACAUGGCGACGAAGGGAGAAAAAAAAAAAAAAAAAAAAGGGAGGGGACAAAAGUGGAGGAAGCGAACAAAUACGAUUGUGCAUAAGGAGUAAGCAAGAAAUGAAGGUGGAGUACAAGUGUAAAAGAAAAGAUGAACAGUGAAGUGCAUAAGGCACAGGAUGAUGCUUCAGUAAAGUUAAUGAAGAAAACUGAUAAAAACAACAGAGAUGGAGGUCCUGAUGAAAAAAUAAA